CAGUUCCUGACCCUCGCCAGCCUGACGGCCUACGCAGACGUGACAGGCAUGGCCGUGUUCGACGAGUGCUCAGUGCUUUUGGUGCUGAAAGACUUACCGUGCAAAGAGAAGAGGAGUGUGAGGUCGCUGGUGACCGAAAACGGAGGACAAAUAUGCUUUGCGGUCAACAAGCAGUGCUCCUUCGUCGUGGUCAGCGACGUGUCCCACCUGAGCGCCAGCAGGCUGCGAAGCGUCCAGAAGUUCCACACACCAGUGGUGGGAGUGGAUUACCUGCACAUGUGUGUGAAGAAAGGCGUCCUCCUGCGUAACCAUGACUACCAGAUGGAUACCUCCUCGCCGUCUUCUUCUCACUCGCCUGCUCUCACUUUGCCAGUUCAGCCAUUCAACAAUCAAGCAUUUGCAGCCGGCAGAGCGGUUGCCAAGCCCCCGCCGGGUGAAAGCUCGCCCCCGGAGAAAAGCGAGGACAUCUUGGGCAAGUUCAGGGUUUACACAGACCGCGACAAAGACCUCCCGGCGUAUCCGGAAGACUUCAGCGUGGCCAAGUAUUCCAUCUUUCAAAAGAAUGACAGCAGCAUCUGGUGUGUGCUGGAGCUGCAGAGCGCCAAACGGGACAAAGGGCCGCGGUUCCGCGUGGUGCGCUACAGGAAGCACGGCAAGGCGGUGCAAAAGGACAUGCUGCUGUUCCUGUCCACCUCCGAAGAGGCCGUGGAGGUCUACCGGACGCUGACAGAGUCCCUGUCCACUUGCAGUAUGCAGCCCAGGACCGACAUCCCCGCGCAGGCCCAGGACCUGGGCUCUGGCCCCCUGCGACAGCUGCUGUUGGAGGAGAAGCUGAGCGCCGGAGUCUUGUCACACGAUGUGGGCGUCUUUGUGGAGCUGCUAUGGACCGAGGCCCUGGGUUGCCUUGGCAACAUCCUCCGAGUGCCCGUCCAUCAACUCAGCAUGAAUGACGUGAGCCGGGCGGAGGGCUUGUGGAUCGAAGCCCAGAGGAAGCUGAAGAAGGGGUUGAGCGCCGAGGUGGUCGCUCUCCAGAAUGACUUUUACUCGCUGCUGCCUCACAGGAUGCCCAUUAAGAAUCACAGUGCCAAGAUUUUCUCCCAGAAACUGGACCUGUGUCAGUUAAUCCGAGACAUCCUGAACGUGAGCGAGAUGACCCUGAGAAGCCCCGCCCCUUCCAGCGUGGGCAAGUUCCGCGCCCUGAGGUGCAGCAUCGAAACGGUGGACCCCGGCAGCGACGAGUCUCGCGCCUUGACCUCCCUGCUCCAGGACAGCCCUGUGCAGAUCCAUCAGGUGCUGCGUGUCAGCAGAGCAGUGGAGCUUCAGACUUUUAAAGGCCAGCUCGGCAACGUCAAGUCCCUCCUCCACUCCUCCAGCGCCAGCAACUUUGUCGGAAUUCUGUCUCGGGGUCUGCUGCUGCCUAGUGUCGGCGUGGAGUUCCACGGCGUCGACAGAACGGACGCCGGCAGCCUCGGAAGUGGCAUCUACUUCAGCGAUAGCAUGAGAACGUGCCUCAAGUACUCCAAGCCCGGCGCCACAGACGGCUCUCGGCUGCUGGUGGUGUGCGACGUGGCCCUGGGGGAUUGCCUGCAGCUCCACCACAGAGACCCCACACUGACUCAGGCCCCCGAGGGGCACGACAGCGUGCGUGCCACCUGCUGCACCUCCUCCGUUUUCUCCGAGUUUGAGGAUGACGAGUACGUGGUGUACAAGCCCGAGCAGGUCAAGCUGAAGUAUGUGGUGCGCUUCAGCGUGGUUGGGGAGCAAGUGAAGGCCUUCAGUCCUGCCGUCGACACCUCAUCCGAGACUCCCCUGCCCCCGGCCGUCCCAGAGGUCCUUGGUUCUAAUGUCGACAUAGGAAACAUUAGGAGCCCUCUGGAAGUCGUGACUGCGGGACUGCUGGACAGCUCGGGACGGCAGCUCCCCCUGCAGGCCAUCCACGUGAAGUGCAAACUGGUGGAUCUGCUCUCUCAGGUGGUCAUCUUCCAGAAGUACACCAAUCACGGCAGCACAGCCAUUGAGGCAAAGUAUGUCUUCCCAUUGGACGACUGUGCAGCCGUGUGCGCUUUUGAAGCCUUCAUCGACGGCAAGCAUGUGGUGGGACAGGUGAAGGAAAAGGAGAAGGCUCGCAGGGAGUACAAGCAGGCCAUCGAGGAGGGUCACGGAGCCUACCUGAUGGACCAGGACGCACCUAACGUCUUCACCAUCAGCGUGGGGAACCUGCCGGCGGGCGCCACCGUGCUCAUCAAGGUCACCUUUGUGUCCGAGCUCAUCAUCAAGGACGGCGCGUUGCUCUUCUCCCUGCCCGGGAGUGUGGCCCCGUGGCAGGAGAGCGCUGCGCUCAAUCAGACCACGCAGGUGACCCUGGACAAAGUGCGUGUGACUGCUGAAUCAGCAAGUGGGAGAGAGUUCAGCCUGGACAUGUCCAUGGAGAUGCCCAACAAGAUCAGCAGCCUGUCUUGCAUCACGCACAAAGUCAAGACCAAGAGGACCGACUGCAAGGCGGUGGUGAGCGUGCUGCCAGGGCAAGUCCUGGGUCCGGACGGCUUCCAGCUGUCGGUCAUUCUGUCCGAGGUUCACCUGCCCAGGAUGUGGGUGGAGAGGCACCCUGACUUUGACAGCCAGGCGUGCAUGCUAGUUUUCUACCCAAAGUUCGACGUCAAAGCCAGCUGCGGAUCCGACGAAGUUGUCAUUCUGCUGGACGUGUCCGAGUCCAUGCUCGGGGAACCCAUUCGCUGGUCCCGGGCGGUCGCCCUGCACGUCAUUAAAACCCUCCAGCCUCACUUCAAAAUCAACAUCGUCUUGUUUAGCACAGAUCACACGCAAGCUUUCCUGACAGCGCAGCCACUCGACGAAGCUCGACAGGCAGCAGAGAAGUUCAUCCACACCGUCUCUCCAGCGGGGGGCAGCACUGAGCUUUGGCGGCCCCUGCGAGCGCUCAGCCUGCUGCCUCCGUCGCGGGGCACCCGCAACCUGCUGCUGCUGUCCGACGGCCAUGUCCAGAACGCAGGGGCCACCUUGCAGUUCCUCCGGGACGAGGUCGCGCACAGCCGUCUCUUUGCGUGCGGCUUCAGCCCGACAGCCAAUCAGCACAUGCUGAGAGCCCUGGCUCAGGCCGGGGGCGGAGCCUAUGAGUAUUUUGACAGCAAAAGCAAGCACAAGUGGGCAGCGCAGGUGGCGUGUCAACUGAGGCGCAUGGAGUCCCCUGGCUGCAGGUCCGUGUCGGUGAAGUGGCAUCAGUACAGCCCCACGGCGACGCCCCCUGUGCAAGCUCCCAUGCAGCUCAACGCACUCUUCAACGACUGCCACACGCUGGUCUACGGCUUCGUGGCGCAUUGCACACAGGCCACCCUGUUGGGCGACCUGAGUGGCCAGGAGCUGAGAACCAUGGUGUCCACCAGCGAACUGCAGAAGACCAGCGGCACGUUUCUUCACAAGCUGACAGCUCGGGCUCUCAUCAGAGACUACGAGGACGGGAGUCUGGACUCCAACCAGGCUGAACACGAGGGCAAGAAAAGCCAGUGGAAACCCUUCAUCAUUGCCUUGAGCAAGGAGUUCUGCAUCCUGUCUCAGUUCACCAGCUUUGUGGCCAUUGAAGAAAGGGAGCCGGAUCAAGAAAGGAAGGCCGUCACAGAUGUCUCCAAGUUGUUGGCUGAAGAAGACGUGGACAUCCUUCCUUACAUCAGCUGGAUGUCUCGUCAGAGCAGCGAACAUGAGGAAUUAGAGGAUAGCGAUAGUUCAGAGUCUGAUUUAGACAUGGGCUUUGGCCUGUUUUCACCCCUUGAGACCAAGAGUUCAGAGUCUGGAUCAGACAGGGACUGUCGCCGGUUUUCAUCCCUUAAGCCCGAGAGUUCAGAGUCUGGACCAUACAGGGACUGUUUCCGGUUUUCACUCGAGGGUCCAGCGAAAAGAUCACACAAGAAAGAGUUCCUGUCUUCACCCCUUGAGCCCGAGAGUUCAGAGUCUGGAUCAGACAAGGACGAUGUCCUGUUUUCACGCCUUGAGACCGAGAGUUCAGAGUCUGGAUCAGACAGGGACAUUCGCAUGUAUUCACUCAGUGAGCCCGAGGGUCCUCUCCUCGCUGAUACGGAUGUACGUUGCUGCUUUAUGGAGAGAGAUAUCCAGCAGCGUCAGUCAGAGGCAUCCCUUCCAACUGGAGCCAUCGAAGAAAAUGUUGACCAACUUCCAAUUGGCAUGCCACCUCCACCUCCGCCCAUCCAUGCACCUUCUGAUGCUCCUCCACCUCCACCUCUUCUUAAAAAAAGACGUCAGGAUCUUUCAAUGUUAGGCUCAUCAGCCAGACCAGCCCUACCCCACAACGUGGCAUCCCCUCCUGAGACCGGUACACUUUUUAGGCGUUCACUUGACGUGAUCCAAAGUCCUGGUUUCGCUGCACAGUCGUCCACACCACCAAUAGGGUGUGUUAAAUACGAAGCAAUGUUUUCACGUGACGUGAUCCAAAGUCCUGAUGUCGCUGCACAGUCGUCCACACCACCAAUAGGGUGUGUUAAAUACAAAACAAUGUUUUCACGUGACCUGAUCCAAAGUCCUGAUGUCGUUGCACAGUCGUCCACACCACCGAUAGAGUGUGAUGAAGACAAAGAAUCUUUUCCACAGUCCAAGAAGCUUAAAAGUCGAUCAAAGACCAUGUCUCCAAACCAAUUUUAUUUCGGGGUCCAAGAUGCGAGCGAUCUCGUUGUGGGGGAAAAAGGUGCCCCCCCCCUUCCCCUUCCACCCAUCCAUCCAUCUUCUGAUGCUACUCCACCUCCACGUCCACCUCCUCUUAGAGGCAUGUCUAAGAAUGUUUUUAGGUCAGGCUUUGCCAGAUCUUGCUCAGUAGCAUCGACUCCUGAGACCGGCACACUUUUUGGGAGUUCACAUGACGCGUUUCAAACUUCUGGUUUCCUUGCACAGUCGUCACUAAUCCCGUGUGGUACAUACGAAGGAUUUUCUCAACAGUCCAGGCAGCUUAAAAAUCAACUAGAGGCCAUGUCUACAAACCGAUUGGACUAUUCAUCACCGGUAGGUUUUUCUUGCGAGCGAUCUCGUUUUGAGGGAAAAAGCUGGCAUCCCCCUUCCACUACCAAAAUGAAAACAAUAAAAAGCAAACAAAUCACAAUAACACCCCACCUGUCGUUUCAGGCUCCUUUCCUCGCUGAUACGGAUGGAUUUUGCGGCUUUAUGGAGAGAGAUAUCCAGAAGCGUCAGUCAGGGGCUGUUUCUCCUUUUCGUUUUCGUGGACCUGAAAGAGGAAAUGUUAACCAACCACGAAUCAGCAUGUUCUCUGCUCCUCCACCCAUCUGUCCAUCCUUCCAGGGAUCCCUUCCGACUGGAGCCAACAGAGCAAAUAUUGACCAACUUCCAAUUGGCAUGCCACCUCCACCUCCGCCCAUCCAUCCAUCUUCUGAUGCUCCUCCACCACAACCUCGUCCUCGUUUUAGAACCAGGCAUCAGUAUGUUGAUGCUUCUUCUUCUCCUCUUUUGGUGGCCAACAUACAGCAACCGCUACAGCAACAGGAAUGGCAACGGCGACGGAGAGGGCAACCGCUACAGCAACAGCAACAGCAACCGCCACAGCAACAGCAACAGCAAAAAGGGGGAAAAGUGGAUAAGAUGUCUAUGCCAUUUAGUGGUUUUGGCUUUCUGCAACCUGCCGCAAGUGGAGGCUUUGAAUCCUGUAGCGAAAAGCAACUUCCCACAGAAGAUAAAGAUUUUUUAUCGGAGGAGUGGUCUUUACCAGCCAGAUCAGCUCCAUCCACCGAAGUAGCAUCGCCUCCUGCUAUCGGCACACUUGUUGGGGGUUGGAUUGACGUAAUGCAAGAUUCUGGUUUGGAUGAAGACUCGCCCACACCAUUAAUCCUGUGUAGUUCACAAGCAGAAUCUCUCCCAGAGCUCGGCCAGCAGAAAAUGAUUUCAAUUGAAUUGGCUAAGUCGUCACCAGUUGAUUUUUCUUCCGGGGGCCAAGAGGCACUCGACAUCGUUUUGGAGGAAACACCUCGUCAGUUUAGCAGGCCAAAAGUGUCAGCUGGCGGUCAACCAGUCCUGUUGAAAUGGCCGAGGCUCUUCAAGAUGCAACAUGCGGACGGUUACUGGGACGUGACGGCAAAGCUGGGCGAGUGCGUGGGCGUCGACCUGGACGUCCUUACCAACGACUUCCUGAGAAGCAAAGGCAUCCGCUCGCUCGGUGUGACGGCCCACGCUGACAUCCUCAAGCUGCUGGCGACUCUUCUCGUGCUGCAGCUGAUGAGGUUGGAGAAACUGCCAGAAGGCCUGCUGCUGCGCACGCUGUUUACGUUGGAGGAACCCCCGAGCAGGAGCGCGUGGCCCCGCUGGCAGCUCGUCAAGAAGGCGGUGGACUGGGUCCGCUGGGCCGACCGCCAGUACCCGUGCAUCUGCAGCCGGCUGGAGAUGGCUUUGACCUGGGAGUCCGCCACGCGCCAGCUGCUGGGCUACGACGUCCUCCCCGCUUUCUCGCCACUCGCCGGCCUGCCGCUGAGAAGGAACUUUGCCGCCCCGUGUCCCCCUGUGGUCGUCCACUGAGGUCGUACGGCGGGUGACAACAUUAGGUACGCAGUUGCACAACACUGCAGAGGCAGAUGGAGUACUCCAUCUUAUUAGAUGAUGUGCGGGUGUACCUAAUGUUGUGGGAAAAAGGUUAACCCUCUUUGUGUACUUUUAUGUGUCAUUAAUAUAGGCAACAGUUAAUUUUCAGGUGUUUUCAUCUCGAUAUUCAAAGUAGGGCUGGGCGAUAUGGCUGAUAACUGUAUCACGAUAUCAGGGUUUUAUAUCGGUCGACAUAAUUAUUGAUAUCAUUUAUGAGCUAUAGAAACUAAGGACCAGGAGAAAUAUGUACCGGUAUUUAAUUUGAAAUGUAACCUUCUGAUUAGAAUGCCCUUAGCUAUCAAGGCAGAAGUUAAAUGUCAACACAAGCAUGGAAAACAGACACCGUAAACAUACACUACCGUUCAAAAGUUUGGGGUCACCCAAACAAUUUUGUGGAAUAGCCUUCAUUUCUAAGAACAAGAAUAGACUGUCGAGUUUCAGAUGAAAGUUCUCUUUUUCUGGCCAUUUUGAGCGUUUAAUUGACCCCACAAAUGUGAUGCUCCAGAAACUCAAUCCGCUCAAAGGAAGGUCCGUUUUGUAGCUUCUGUAACGAGCUAAUCUGUUUUCAGAUGUGUGAACAUGAUUGCACAAGGGUUUUCUAAUCAUCAAUUAGCCUUCUGAGCCAAUGAGCAAACACAUUGUACCAUUAGAACACUGGAGUGAUAGUUGCUGGAAAUGGGCCUCUAUACACCUAUGUAGAUAUUGCACCAAAAAACAGACAUUUGCAGCUAGAAUAGUCAUUUACCACAUUAGCAAUGUAUAGAGUGUAUUUCUUUAAAGUUAAGACUAGUUUAAAGUUAUCUUCAUUGAAAAGUACAGUGCUUUUCCUUCAAAAAUAAGGACAUUUCAAUGUGACCCCAAACUUUUGAACGGUAGUGUAAUUGUAAAAUCGCAUUGAACACUUAACAAUAAGCGCUUAAGAUUAAGGAAUAUGUAAGAAAUGCUUCAUACACUGCAAAAAGUCAGUGUUCAAAAACAAGAAAAAAAAAUACAAAAAUGAGGGGUAUUUUACUUGAACCAAGCAAAAUUAUCUGCCAAUAGAACAAGAAAAUUUCCAAAACAAGUAAAAUUAGCUAACCUCAAUAAAUAACCCCAAAAUACCUUAAAAUAAGUAUAUUCUCACUAAUAACAAGUGCACUUUUCUUAGCAGAAAAAAAAAGAGACUUUUUUCCUCAAUAUGUGGAAAAAUAUUUUUUAAAUUAAGUAAAUGCUAGUGCCAUUAUCUUGACAUAAUCAUAUGCGCUCGGCAUCAUGAUUUUUUUUUUUCAUGCUUGAAGUACGAAAUUAUGACUUUAAAAUAGUAGUUUUAUACUUGUGAGUGUUGAUGACACAGCUUUGCAUCAUAUAUACUAGUUUCAAGCAUGUUUUACUCAAUAUAGGUCAUAAAAUCUCAGCAACAAGCUGUAAUAUCUUACUGAGAUCAUUUAGGACCAAAACCCUUAAAACAAAGUAAAAACUCCAACAUAAAAUCUGCUUAGUGAGAAGAAUUAUCUUAUCAGACAGAAAAUAAGCAAAUAUCACUCUUAUUUGAGAUAUUUCAUCUUACUUACAUUUCAGUUUUUGCAGUGUAGAGUGUAAUAAAAUAGUGAAAAGUGUGAAAAUGUAAACACAGAGAAACGUGAAAAGAACUCUUUUCUGCAGGUUUAGUGCUAAGAAAUAAUGUCUUUGUAAAAUUAAAUUGUCCUGUUAUUCUUAUUUAACUAAGGAAAGGAAUUUUUGUUAUGCUGUAAUUAUUUAAAUAUUAUUAUUAUGAUAUUUGUCGAUAUCGAUAAUUAUGGAUAUUCUUACGACCUAUGGAAAAUAAGGAGUAGGAGAAAUAUGUAUUUAAUUUUAAAUGUAACCUUCUUCUGAUUAUACAGUAAUGCCCUCAGCUAUCAAGGCAGAAAUUAAAUGUCAACACAAGCAUGGAAAACAGACAAUGUAAACAUAAUUAUAAAAUCGCAUUGAACACUUAACAAUAAGCGCUUAAGAUUAAGGAAUAUGUAAGAAAUGCUUCAUAAAGUGUAAUAAAAUAGUGCAAAGUGUGAAAAUGUAAACACAGAGAAACGUGAGAAGAAGUUUUUUCUGCAGGUUUAGUGCUAAGAAAUAAUGUCUGUGUAAAAUUAAUUUGUCCUGUUAUUCUUAUUUAACUACGGAAAGGAAUUUUUGUUAUGCUAUAGUUAUUUAAAUAUUAUUAUUAUGAUAUUUGCCGAUAUCGAUAAUUAUGGAUAUUUUUAUGACCUAUGGAAAAUAAGGAGUGGGAGAAAUAUGUAUUUAAUUUUAAAUGUAACCUUCCUCUGAUUAUACAGUAAUGCCCUCAGCUAUCAAGGCAGAAAGGAAAUGUCAACACAAGCAUGGAAAACACUCAAACAAUGUCAACAAAAUAUUACAAUCACAUUGAACACUUAACAAUAAGUGCUUAAAAUUAAGGAAUAUUUAAGAAAUGCCUCAUGAAGUGUAAGAAAAUAGUGCAAAGUGUGAAAAUGUAAACAGAGAAACCUGAGAAGAACUAUUUUCUGCAGGUUUAGUGCUAAUAAUUAAUGUUUGUGUAACAUUAAUUUGUCCUGUUAUUCCUAUUUAACCACGGAAAGGAAUUGUUGUUAUGCUGUAAUUAUUUGAAUAUUAUUAUAUUGGUCGAUAUCGAUCAUUAUGAAUAUUUUUAUGACCUAUGGAAAAUAAGGAGCCGGGGAAGUAUGUAUUUAAUUUGAAAUGUAACCUUGCGCUGAUUAUAAUGCCCUCAGCUAUCAAGGCAGAAAGGAAAUGUCAACACAAGCAUUUUCAAUGUAUACAAAAUAUUAAAAUCACAUUGAACACUUAACAGUAAGCUCUUAAAAUGAAAGAAUAUGUAAGAAAUGCUUCACAAAGUGUUAGAAAAUAGUGCAAAGUGUGAAAAUGUAAACAUAGAGAAACCUGAGAAGAACUAUUUUCUGCAGGCUAAGUGCCAAGAAGUUACGGCUGUGCUCUAAAGGGUGAGCACGGUCCCUUUAAAAAUAAUUUAAAAAAAAAAAGUCCCAUACUGUCCAGGUGACUUUUCGUCUUUUAUCCACAAUUUCUUCAUUUUGACAUUCUCUUCGCACUCCAUGUAAAGAAUCAACCGCCAGGCAACCAAACUUGGUCGUCGAUACUGUCACCUGAUUGGCUGUUAGCGUGUCACUCCCACUGAUCAGUGAUCACUUCCUGCGUUGCUUGAACCAACCUUGCUUCGCAACCUCCGCUUUCUUCCGACGAAAAACAGGGGGAAAAAAUGGAACGCAUUUUUUAUCGUUAUCGAUUGUGUCCAUCGCGAUAUAUUGAUAUCAUUUUAUCGCCCAGCCCUAAUACACAUGAUAUGUUUGAAUUUGCACGUGUGACCUUGCACAUGUGUAAAACCCUUUUAACACGGAUAGGGCUGCAACAACUAAUCGAUUAAAUCGAUUAAAAUCGAUUAUUAAAAUAGUUGCCGAUUAAUUUAGUCAUCGAUUCGUUGGAUCUAUGCUAUGCGCAUGCGCAGAGGUUUUUUUUUUUUUUUUUUAUUUAUUUAUUUUUUUUUUUUUUUAUUUUUUUUACUAAACCUUUAUUUAUAAACUGCAACAUUUACAAACAGCUGAGAAACAAUAAUCAAAAUAAGUAUGGUGCCAGUAUGCUGUUUUUUUUUCAAUAAAAUACUGGAUAGGAUAGAAAUGUAGUUUGUCUCUUUUAUCCGAUUAUUAAUCGAUCAAUCGAAGUAAUAAUCGACAGAUUAAUCGAUUAUCACAUUAAUCGUUAGUUGCAGCCCUAAACACGGAAAGAGGUUUCACUUUCUUCUUGACAUGAUUAUCUAUGCAUGCUUAAAACUACUCUUGAUCCAUCCUAAACUGGGGUUGGUUUUUUUUACGCUUUUAUUUUGACGCUAAUCUUUGCACGGGACUCUGCCUGUCUCACUGCAAAAAGUCAGUGUUCAAAAACAAGAAAGAAAAAUACAAAAAUUGGGGUAUUUUAUUUGAACUAAGCAAAAUUAUCUGCCAAUAGAACAAGAAAAUGUGGCUUGUCAAGACUUUCCAAAACAAGUAAAAUUAGCUAACUUCAAUGAACCCAUAAAAUACCUUAAAAUAAGUAUAUUCUCACUAAUAACAAGUGCACUUUUCUUGGUAGAAAAAAAAAAGAGACCUUUUUGCUCAAUUUGAAACCAGCAAACUUAUACUAAAAACGAAUUUAGGCAACAAGGCAACCGCUUGUUAUUCUCGGGGUCUCCUAGCCGCUCAGGCAAAUCAUAUUGUCUAAAAAUGCAUUUUUCCAUCGAUAACGUGACAUCAUCGCGCCAAGUGCGUGCUCUUUCAGUCAAUUUGUGCGCAUAUAUACAGCCCGGCCCCCGGCCAAAAAAUUUUUAAUUGUAAUUUUGAAGAAUUCAUCUGAAUGUGCAUGAACUAUUUCUGUUCAAAAUUGUUAGAAAUGUCACAUCUUAAAUGUUUAAAUAUUAACUGUCAGUUUACUGUACUGUGCCAACUGUACUACUCUAUGAGUACGUAUUUUCUAUUGUUUCAUUGAAAAUGAAACAGCAAAGUCCAUCCGUUUUAAUUAUGAGACAAAAUUGUGUCAGUCAUGAUUUUUUUUUUCACGCUUGAAAGAAGAAAUUAUUACUUUGAAAAAGCAGUUUUAUACUUGUGAGUGUUGAUGACACAGCUUUGUAACACUUGAUAUUCUAGUUUCAAGCAUGUUUUACGCAAUAUAGGACAUCAAAUCUCAGCUACAAGCCCAAAUGAUCUCUUACUGAGAUCAUUUAGGACCAAAACCCUUAAAACAAGUAAAACACUCAACAUAAAAUCUGCUUAGUGAGAAGAAUUAUCUUAUCAGACAGAAAAUAAGCAAAUAUCACCCUUAUUUAGAUUUCAGUUUUGGCAGUGCUUACAAAGGAGGAGAGCCAGUGUGGCCGUGCAAGCGUAUGUCGGUCAAUCUCACUCCCUGGGGCCUUCGGCGUUGACAGGCUUUUAAUUUGACAGGUUACGCAUGUCACCACAUGACAGGAAGUGUAACAUGUCAGUGUGACCUUUGUCCCCCCCAGGCUGGCGUUUCAACUCCUGACCCUGCUUUUUAUUCUGCUUUUCCUGCCAUCUUUAGGGUUCCUUUGCAAAUAGUUGGGUUUUAGUGGGAAACUUUACGGGAAGACGUAGUAGUUCCGAUGUUUUCAUGGCAGACAGCUAAAAUGAUGUUUUGCUUUCAUUUUAUUCCUUCUCCUAUACAACAAAACAAUGUCAUGAUGUGCAUGGAUUUAUAUUCUUAUUGCUUACUGUCAUUUUGAAAAUGGGUCAUGUUUUAGAAAUGUAUGAAUGAGGGAAUAUUCAUGUGGGUUUGCGCUAUCAAGCGGGGUUUAACCCUGAUUAAAAUGCAUUUACGUGAUAUUCUGCGUCUGUUGCGUUGCACCACAUGGUCACACCUGAGGAAGGGUUGCUUUCAUUUCAUGCAGCGGUACACGUACGUGUGUGUGUGGAUGCAAUCGCCACUCAUGUUAAUUAUCAAUUCAUAACUUAGAAUGGUAGACUGAAUAUUUAUAAGGUACGAUACAAUCGCCAGAUAGGCAUGGACCGCCCGGGCAAGCCUUGUUAUCGUACCAGCGGCAACAAUUACAGGCCUUAUUAAUGUAUCAGUGGCACA